CUUCAUUUACCCAAAAAAAAGCUGAACUUACUAAUUUUUUACAAUCAUCUUCAAAAUGAAUGCACAAGCCAUCAAGGAAAUCAAGGCAAGGAAUGAAGAAGCAAAUGUUAAAGAGACAAAGGUGAACACAGUAGAUAAUCAGUCAUCGGCGGGGCAAGGCCAAGAACAGAGGAAUGUGCAGGUGGUUCACCAGUCACAUCCCUCGCCGAUUACAAAUACGAGCGGGGGAGUUCUGACCGGUGCUGCCGCAGCUGUGGCAUCCACUCUUCGGUCUGCCAAGGAGGCCAUUUCAAAAAUUGAUUAGCACUUUUUUUUUUUUUUCAUUUAUCAAUUCAUAUGUACAAGUAAAUAUUAUUUUGUAAAUCUUUGAUUUGUCAUCCGCACUAUUAACUGCAAUGUGGUAAAAUGGAUGUAUAAUGUUAUUGCUCGGAUAUUCUUAUGUUA